UAAUGUUGAAUGUAUAAAACUCUUGCAAAGCAGUGGAGCAGAUUUUAAUAAGAAGGACAAAUGUGGGAGGACACCUUUGCACUAUGCAGCUGCAAAUUGUCAUUUCCACUGUAUUGAGACACUGGUGACAACAGGAGCCAAUAUUAAUGAAACAGAUGACUGGGGACGCACCCCUUUGCACUAUGCUGCUGCUUCUGACAUAGACCGAAAAAAGAAUAUUUUAGGUAACUCCCAUGAAAAUGCUGAAGAACUUGAAAGAGCCACUGAGAUGAAGGAAAAAGAAGCUGCAUUGUGUCUGGAGUUCCUCCUACAGAAUGAUGCCAAUCCAUCCAUCCAAGACAAAGAGGGGUACAACACUGUGCAUUAUGCUGCUGCAUAUGGGCACCGGCAGUGUUUGGAACUGCUUCUGGAGAAAACCAACAUGUUUGAGGAAUCCGAUUCUGCAGCUACAAAAAGUCCUUUGCAUUUAGCUGCUUAUAAUGGUCAUCAUCAAGCUUUGGAGGUACUUCUCCAGUCUCUAGUAGAUCUGGAUAUCAAGGACGAGAAGGGACGCACCGCUUUGGACCUGGCUGCCUUUAGGGGACAUGCAGAGUGUGUGGAAGCUCUCAUCAGCCAGGGUGCUUCUGUCAUCGUAAAAGACAAUGUCACCAAAAGGACCCCUCUCCACGCCUCAGUCAUUAACGGCCAUACACCCUGUUUAAGGUUGUUGUUGGAAGUUGCAGACAACCGUGUGACAGACGCAAAGGACAGUAAAACCCCACUGAUGCUUGCAGUGGCGUGGCACAUUGAUGCUGUUUCUUUAUUACUUGAAAAAGAAGCAUCUGUAGAUGCAGCUGAUCUCCUGGGAUGCACAGCUUUACAUCGAGGGAUUAUGACCGGGCAUGAAGAGUGUGUUCAGAUGCUGUUAGAGAAAGAAGUAUCUAUUUUAUGUAAAGAUGCCAGAGGCAGAACACCUCUGCACUUUGCAGCAGCUCUGGGUCACGCCACUUGGCUAAGUGAAUUACUGCAGAUAGCACUUUCAGAGGAAGACUGCAGUUUGAAAGAUAAUCAAGGUUAUACACCACUGCACUGGGCUUGUUACAACGGUCAUGAAAACUGCAUAGAGGUACUAUUGGAACAAAAAUUUUUCCGCACAUUCUAUGGUAAUAGCUUCUCCCCAUUGCACUGUGCUGUAAUCAAUGAUCAUGAAAACUGUGCAUCACUGCUCAUCGGAGCCAUCGAUGCCAGCAUUGUCAAUUGUGAAGAUGACAAAGGAAGAACACCCCUUCAUGCAGCAGCCUUCGCAAAUCACGUGGAGUGCCUCCAGCUCCUUCUGAGUCACAGCGCACAAGUGAAUGCUGCGGAUCAUGCAGGAAAAACACCACUCAUGAUGGCAGCUCAGAACGGUCACACAAGUGCUGUAGACUUUUUGGUGAACAUUGCCAAGGCUGACUUGACAUUAAAAGAUAAGGAGUCGAAUACGCCUUUGCACUUGGCUAGCAGUAAAGUAAGGUCAUGAAAAUGUGCCUUGCUAAUACUUGACAAGAUACAAGAACAGAGCCUUAUUAAUGCAAAAAAUAAUGCAUUGCAGACACCUCUCCAUAUUGCUGCACGAAAUGGCUUAAAGAUGGUGGUGGAAAAAUUGCUAGCCAAAGGGGCAUGUGUCCUAGCAGUAGACGAAAAUGUUUCUAGGUCAAAUGGACCACGACCCUCACCUGCAACAGAUGUACAAAAGGAAGAAUGAGACUUUGUAAACAAAACCAAACUAAACAAAAAGCUAUCACGAACUAAUCAGCUGUACCAAGAGGACCAAAAUGCUUCAGUAAUUAAAUGGAAGACUUUGCUACUUUUAUUUUUUCUUCAAAUGUGAGUGACAUAAUGAACCAGUUUUUUCUAAACCAUAAAAAUAGAAAUUUUUGAGGUAAUGAGUAGUCUUGAGUGAAUUUUACAUUUUAUGACGCAGGUUUCAAGUUGACAUUUGUAACUGAUGAUGUGUUGACCACAGUUUGGGUUGUUUUCUUUCCAGACUAAAGAAUAUGUUCAUAU